GUGAAAGUAGAACUUAGAAGUAAAAGUAAAGAAUAACAACAAUGUCGAAAUUUCUCUCUAGAUUUCAAGGAAGCCUUGUUGGUGCAGUCCUUGGUGAUUGUAUUGGUGCAGUUUAUGAGCUUGGGGGAGAAAUUAGCCUGUCUGAGAUUUUAAACACUAUAUAUUCCAUAGAAGCUUCUGGCGGUAAAAAAGGUAAACAAGAAGAGAUACUGUAUGGUUACACUGAUGAUACAGCUAUGGCCAGAAGUGUUGCGGGUUCAUUAAUAAAAUACAAAGGUUUUCAACUAAAGGACAUGGUAAAAAGAUUUACAUCAGAAUAUAAAAGUGAACCUGACAGAGGAUAUGGUGGAAAUGUUACAACAGUUUUUCAAUUACUGGAUAAUCCUGAAUUAGAAGACCUGUACGAACCAGCCAGAAAACAGUUUGAUGGUCAGGGUUCUUUUGGUAAUGGUGGCUCAAUGAGAAUAGUUCCUGCUGCUUUAUUUUCUUAUAAUAAAGAACCUUCUUAUGUACAGACUCUCACAAGGCAAAUAACAGAAAUUACCCAUUCUCAUGAACAAGCUAUUCAAGGUGCCAUAUUACAAUGUAUGGCUGUACAUCUAGCACUACAUACAGAUAAUACAACACCAUUAGAUACAGACUUGUUUGUAGAUAAUCUCAAAUCUUACAUGGAUAAACUGGAAGAGGAAGAGUUAAAAAAAACUAAAGUACCGACUCCUACUAAGAAACAGAAACGUCCUACAAGAGCAUCUGAGAAACGUGAUAAACCAUACUGUUAUAAAUUAGACAAAAUAAAGGAAUAUUUAAAUCAAGAGAAGGAAGUGACAGUACAAGAAUUAAUUGAUGUCUUAGGAAAUGAUAUAUCAGCUCUUGGUUCUGUUCCUGCUGCUGUUUUUUCAUUCUUAAGAUCUUCUAAACCAAUGACAGGGGAAUUAAAGGACAGAAAUAGUUUUGAGAAAACCAUAAUAUAUGCUAUAAGUUUAAAUGGUGAUACAGAUACAAUUGCUACCAUGGCUGGAGCCAUUGCUGGAGCUUAUUAUGGGAUAGAAGCUAUACCAAAAUCAUGGCAGACAUGUUGUGAGGGUGUGACGGAUGCUAUACAAUAUGCUAAUCAAUUAGAAGAACUUGUGUCAAAGUCCAAAUAAAAACUUACUGUCCUUCUUUGUUUAUAUUUAAAGUAGCUAAGUCUCUAACUCAGUAUCAUCCAAAAUCUUCGACAUUGAAAACACGAAUUAUUUGUGGGUUUAAAUCAACAUUGAUGUUGUGAUCUUACCGGGAAAAGAUGGCCUUCUGAUAUCCAAUAUUUAUUAAGACAAAAUAAACAUUUUACAAUUGGUACACAAAUCGUGUACCAUAAUGCGUUUCAGCGCUAUGUGUAAUAAGGGACUCGAAAAACGAGGCUAGGCAUAUUCCACAAGUCAUGUCAAACGGUGACGCUAUAAUCUUUUCUGGAGAGCAUGCCCAAUAAAUACCGUCGGCGCAGACUUGAAUAACCAGAAGCUAGAGAUUGAAAUUCGAUUGAGAAAACUGACGUAUGUCGCCCAAUCUAACUGAUUAGAAAUUACAGCAAAAACAGAAACGAUUGAAUGUAAAUCAAUUUAUAUACAUUCAUAUUACAUUAUUGUAUGCGUUGCGACCCAUUUGUGUCAAUUUCUAGGUCCCAAAUAUUAGCGACUUAGCUCCUUUUAUUAAGCUCAUGACGUAGGCCUAGGUCCAAAAUAUUAGCGAUUUAGCUCCUUUAACUUGAAGCCAUUCAGAAGAUGACAACAGUCAAGACCAGUCACAUUAUGUCUUACUUGUAAAUCAUUGUUUUAUUUUUCAUUUUGAGUGAAGCCUGUAUCAUUACAGGCCCGGGACUGUACAGUGGAGUGGAUGUUUACGGCUGGCCCCCGAAAGCAUUCACUUGAUUUGAUGUUUGUUGUUUAUUUCUUUCGAUAUUUGUAUAGUUUGUCUUGUUGGUUUUGUUUUGUGUGGAGUUUGGUCUUUAUAUACUUACUAUUAAAGCCACUGAUCGUCAUUUGAGUGAUUCUGAAUCCCUUGUAAACUACAGUAUUGUCAAAAUUGAAUCUCUAAAAUGAAUAUCAGUACAAAAAUGGUUCCAUUCCAUUCUAUAAAUGAAAUGAGAUGGGUUUUAAUGUCCUACUAUUCAUUCUAUACAAAGAUGUACAAAGAUCUGAUGAAUUGAGGGGAGGGAGGUUGGAUGGUUGAAUGGUUAGCAUGUGUGCGCUGUAUCAUAAAGUCUGUCAUUGAAUCAACUGGCGUGGUUUUGAUUCCCCGGUUGUAUGUAAGGAAUAGGGUCACUUGUCCAACCUCCUGGGUUUUUCUCCGGGUCCUCUAGUUUUCUCCCACUGCUAAAGAUCCCUACGUGCAAGUGAAUUACAGAAAUAAAAUUGAACCAUAUGUUAGUCCCGAAAUGACCUAAGUUUGUGUCGAGCGGAACUUAAACCCCAUUUUUCUCUCUCCCUCUCUGAUGAAUUGAAUAUUUCGCAGCAUUCAGUAUCCUCUGCACAUGAUAUUAUAAGCAAACCAAUGUCACCUAAAAUGUUUGUAAUCUGAUUAAAUUCAAGUCUGAAGAUAAUCUAUUGAUUGGUAUUUUGAUGUUUUCUCAAUUAAAUAUUAAAUAAUCAAUUUAAGAAUAUUUUAGCAUGGAUUAAGCAUGGAAAAAUUAGAUAUUGUCAGAAAAAUUCAAAUUUCAAUCAGGUCUAUUACAUUACUUGCAUACUUUUUUAUAAGGAAUAAUUAUAAAAUAUUGUUCAUCUGCAAAGCAGAGGAAUAUGUGAUAACUAAUAAUUUAUUCCAAUAUGAUUCCUUUUUUAAGUAAUUUUUAUAACCAUACCUUACCUAAUUAUCUUGCUGCACAUAUUUUUGUCGUAAAUGUUUUAAAUAAUGUUGUAAAUGUUUUAAAUAUUUUAAUCAA